UGGAUGGGGGAGAUGAGGCACAAAGGAACACGGGUCCCCCCCCUGCAUAAUCCCCCCCUCCUGUCCUACAGCAACCCACUGCUGCUGGUGGCCGUGCUGCUCCUUGCCGUGCUGCUCACCUUCAUCUACUUUGCCAGUGCUGGGAGCUACUUCCAGGACCCCCUGUUCUGCGGUGAGUCCCAGGGCUCCCAGCACCCCCAUUCUCCCCAUUGGGCAGUGGGGUCACACACUGAGCCCUCCCUGCUGUUUCCUGCAGUGUUCGUGGUGUUCUCCUUUGUCUCUGCCAUCGAUCUGAUCAUCUCACUGGAGGAGGAUGGCUUCAUUUCGGGUUUUGCAGAGGUCUACGUCAGAGAGGGUGAGCCAUACCUGCGCACAGCACACGGCAUCAUGAUCUGUUACUGGGAUGGCAUCGUGCACUACGGGCUGUACCUUGCCAUGAUCACAGCCAUGAGCCAGCGGAAGAGCUAUAGGAGCCUGGGUCUCUUCUGGCUGGGCUCUCUGGUGAUGAGCAUCGUCGUCUUCCUGCUUGGGAACCUGAUAGGUAAAUACAGCUCCGACAUCAGCGCUGCCUUCCUGCUCAAUCUGCCCUACGUCCUCAUCCCCAUCUGGGCGGGCACGCGGCUCUUCCAGCAGCCCAGGGCUGUGCCGUGCCUCACAGCAGAGCAGACUGAACAGGAGCAGCGCAGGUGGCUGCACCAACGGCCCCACGACCUGGUGCUGGUGCUGGUCCUGCUUCUGAUGGCUUCCUUCACCUUCUUCAGGGGGAUGGUGGUGUUGGAUUGCCCUGCUGACUCCUGCUUUGAGUACAUCUACCAGCAUGAGCCCUACCUGCGUGACCCCGUCGCCUACCCCAAAGUGCAGAUGCUGAUCUACCUGUUCUACGUCCUCCCUUUCCUCUGCCUCUGCAUCUACGCUCUGCUGCGCCCAGGCUGCUCCUGGCUGCCCGACUGGAGCCUGGUGUUUGCUGGGGCCGUUGCACAGGCGCAGUUCUCCCAUCUGGGCUCCUCACUGCACUCCCGCACGCCCUUCCCAUACCAGACCCCAGAAGACGUCUGGUGGAUUUUCCUCAUCACAAACGUCCUUUAUGCGCUGGGGCCGCAGCUCCUCGCCCUCCGCUGCCUGCACAGCCCCGCGUUCUUCCUGCCCAUCACCUCCAGCAGCCUGCAGGGGGGCAAGAAGCACCAGUGAGCUGCCAGCCCCCCCAUGGGAUGCUGCUGGGGAGGGGUCCCACGCGAUGCUCCGAUCCCCCCGG